GAAUCUCAUAAUAAGUAUUGGUUUACCGACGAACGGGAUAUAGUCCCCUAUGACUCGGAUUUUGAAUGAUGAAACACUGCUACAUUAGUUUCGAUUCUACCUUAGUCACGCUUUCCCCAGGCACUGAAGGGGUGGGUGCAACUCCUGGACGCUGGAUAAAGGAGGAGGGGUGACAUAGCGCGCAUUGUGUUUUGAUUGGUGGAAACUGACAGUGGUACUGUAAAGGGCAAAGCUUUCAUUGGUUGUUGAUUCUCCGUGCUUGUUAGACAAUCAGCUGUGCAUACUUGGAAAGGCAAAGAUCAUCCACACUGCAUUUCGAUGUCCACUGGGCAGCUUGGGAGAACAGACUGUAUGCGGACCAUUCUCUAGGCAACGCGCGAUAUUUGACCUCCAUUUGAAGGCGUGAUAAAUACGUUGCUGGAAACGUGUGUCAUCAACAACAUACUUUAAGCGUCAUGGCUCAGUGGAGCAUGUUGCAGCAGCUGGAGUCCAAGUACCUGGAGCAGGUGGACCAGCUGUAUGACGACACCUUCCCCAUGGAGAUCAGGCAGUACCUCAGCCAGUGGAUCGAGAGCCACGACUGGGAGUCUGUCGCCCAGAGCGACUCCUUGGCAACGGUGCGUUUUCAUGACCUUCUGGUCCAGUUGGAUGACCAGUACAGUCGCUUCGCUCUGGAGAACAACUUUCUCCUGCAGCACAACAUUCGCAAGAUCAAACGCAACCUACAGGAGCACUUCCAGGAGUAUCCACUGCACAUGGCAAUGCUCAUCUGCAACGCACUCAGUGAGGAGAAGAAGAUCCUCAACAGAGCUCUCCAGCAAGAGAAGGUGGGUUCUCCACAGAACAACAUGGGGGGAAAGCACAAAGAACUGGACAACAAAGUCAACAAACUGAGGAAGAUGGUGCAGGAUGCAGAAAUAGACAUUAAAGCUUUAGAGGACCUUCAAGAUGAACAUGACUUCAAGAAGAAAACUCUUCAAAGUCAAGACCAGGAGCCCAAUGGAGUGAAGAGUCAGGAGAAGAAACAAGAAGAGAUGAAGAUCAAAGACCUGUUCAUACGACUCAGGAUAAAGAGAGAGGAGGUUGCUGGUAAGACAGCAGACGCCUUGACAAUGGUGGACCACAUCCAGUUCAGCCUGAUCAGCGAGGAGCUUCCUGAGUGGAAGCGGAGGCAACAGGUGGCCUGCAUCGGGGGACCCAUCAACGCCUGCCUCGACCAGCUGCAGUCAUGGUUCACGUCGGUGGCGGAGAGCUUAAAGCAGGUCCGGCAGCAGCUGAGGAAGCUGCAGGAGCUCGUGCAGAAGUUCAGCUACGACAACGACCCCGUGGCCAUUGGGAUCGGACCCCUGGAGGAGCGCUCCAUCAUGCUGCUGAAGAACCUCAUAGUCAGUGCCUUGAUAGUGGAAAGGCAGCCUUGCAUGCCUACACAUCCUCAAAGACCACUGGUCAUCAAGACAGGGGUGCAGUUCACUGUCAAACUCAGAUUGUUGGUCAGACUCCCAGAGCUGAACUGCCAGUUGAAGGUGAAAGUGACUUUUGACAAAGAUGUAGUUGAACGCAGCACAGUUAAAGGGUUCCGUAAAUUCAAUAUCUUGGGCACAAACACUAAAGUCAUGAACAUGGAGGAGUCCAACGGCAGCUUGGCAGCUGAAUUCCGUCACCUGCAACUCAGAGAGCUGAGGACAACAGGCAACAGAUCAAAUGAGGGCCCUCUUAUUGUUGCAGAAGAGCUACAUACAGUAUGCUUUGAGACACAGCUCAACCAGCCAGGCCAAAACCCCAUUGAACUCACUACCACAUCCCUACCCAUUGUGGUCAUCUCAAACGUUGCUCAGAUGUCCAGUGCCUGGGCCUCAAUCCUGUGGUACAACAUGCUGUCCAGCGAGCCCAAGAACUUGUCGUUUUUCCUGGAUCCUCCUUCGGCCACGUGGGCUCAGCUCUCUGAGUUUCUCAGCUGGCAGUUCUCCUCCAUCACCAAGCGUGGCCUCAACACCGAGCAGCUAAGCAUGCUGGGAGAUAAGCUCCUUGGUCGGGCUGACCCAGAAGGUGUGGUGCCUUGGACAAAGUUCUGCAAGGUGGCAGGUGACAAAGGGGUCUUGUUCUGGACAUGGUUGGACUCCAUUUUGGACCUCAUCAAACGCCACUUGCUCAGCCUGUGGAAUGAUGGGUGCAUCAUGGGGUUUGUGAGUAAGGAGCGUGAGAAGCAGCUGCUGAAUGACAAGUGUCCUGGAACCUUCCUGCUGCGCUUCAGUGAGAGCAGCAAAGAUGGCGCCAUCACAUUCACUUGGGUGGAACAGACAAUCGAUGGCCCCAAGGUCCGCGCCGUGGAGCCCUACACGAGGAGGGAGCUGAUGGCCAUUUCUUUCCCCGACAUUCUGCGCAACUACAAAGUCAUGGCCAAGGACAACCUGCCAGUAGACCCUCUGUCCUUCCUCUACCCUGACACUCCCAAGGACAACGCCUUAGGACGCUACUACAGCCGUCCUCCAGAGGAGGAAGAGUCAGAAGCAAUGGAUGUGGAGAAUCCAAAACCUUAUUUGUCCAGAGACAUGAUUUCUGUUACUGUGGGAGAGCCGAGGCUGCGAGACACCGUCAGUUUGCCCAUGAGCCCAGAUGAGUACCGGGAGAUUGCUAAUUUGGUCCCUCCAGACAUCGACAGCCUGAUGAGUGACUUUUCCUAGUAAACCCAUUUCCUGUCAGUGGAGAAGAAACACACACACACACAGACACACACGCACGCACGCAC